UGAAUAACGAGUGAACGCACGUUUCUUGUUUCUUGAAUUUUCAAUUCAAUUCCGCGUAGUCGGCGGGGCAGAGCAGCCAUGGCGGUCGUCAGCUUCCAGCUGAUGCUAGUAGUCAGCAGCAUCUGCUUCUUCUUCCUGCUGCUGCAGCCAUGGCGGGCCACAGCGAUCGGCGGGUCGGUGUGCGGCGACGCCGGCAACUACACCGCCAACGGCACCUACCAGAGCAACCUGGGGUCCCUGUCCAGGACCCUCCCCGGCAACACCUCCGCCUCCUCCACGCACUUCUUCGCCACCGGCACCGCCGGCCGGGCCCCCGACGCGGUGUACGCGCUGGCGCUGUGCCGCGGCGACAUGACCGGCACCUUCACCGGCUGCAGGGACUGCGUCGCGGCCACGUUCCGGUACGCGCAGCAGGGCUGCCCCAACGCCAAGGCCGCCGCCGUGUACGACGACGACUGCCUCCUCGGCUUCUCCAACAGCAGCGGCAUCCUCGCCAACACAACCGCCUCUGCGGUCGCGCAAGACACCCUGUUCCAGUCCUGGAACCAGGCGAGCAUCUCCGGCGCCGACGCUGACCCCGCCGCGGUGGGCGCCGCCGUCCGCGACAUGCUGAGCCAGGCCGCCCAGCUGGCGGCCGGCAGGAGCGGGAGGUUCGUCACCGCCUUCAUGGACGGCUCCGGCGGCGCCGUCGGGACGACGCUCUACUCCACGGCGCAGUGCACGCCGGACCUGUCCGCCGGCGACUGCCUGGCGUGCCUGCGGGGGCUCGUCGGCCUGCUCAACGCCACCACGUCGGUGCGCCAGGGGGGCCGCAUCCUCGUCCUGCGCUGCAACCUCAGGUACGACACCACGAGGUUCUUCAACGAUGACAACGCCUCCAUGGUUCGGAUCAUGCCGUCCUCGUCGUCUGCCGUCCCGCCGGCUCCGGCCACCGACGACGGUGCGAAUAGAGCUAGGCCGCUCUGGGUGAUUCUCCUGAUCGUGGCGACGCUUCUAGUGCUGCUCUGCUUCGCCGUCUUCUACUGUCGGCGGCGGCGAUCAAGUAUGAGAUAUACGAAAGGCAAUGUCAGAGUAUUACGAGAAAACAAGCGUACCAACAACAACUUGCAGCAGCAAGGAGGAGAUGAACACCCGGUUUGGGAAAUGGAAACCGAGCUGUCAGAGUUUUCGGUCUUCGACUUUGAUGACAUACUGGACGCCACAGAUAACUUUUCCGAAGAGAACAAACUUGGGGAAGGUGGCUUUGGCCCCGUAUACAAGGGUCAGUUUCCCGAUGGAGUUGAGAUAGCUGUUAAAAGGCUCGCUUCACAUUCAGGGCAAGGUUUCGUGGAGUUCAAGAAUGAGGUACAACUCAUAGCAAAACUCCAGCACACAAAUCUCGUUAAGCUCUUGGGAUGCUGCUCUCAAAGAGACGAGAAAAUUUUGGUCUAUGAAUACUUGCCAAACAAAAGCUUGGACUUCUUUAUCUUUGAUGAAACUAGAAAAACUUUAUUGGAUUGGAACAAACGCCUAGAUAUAAUUGAAGGGAUAGCAGAAGGACUUCUCUACCUGCAUAAGCACUCCCGGUUGCGUGUCAUACAUCGGGACCUUAAACCAAGUAACAUUCUCUUGGACAACGAAAUGAAUCCUAAAAUUUCUGACUUUGGGCUAGCAAAAAUAUUUAGCUCAAAUAACACCGAAGAAAGCACUACAAGGAGAGUGGUCGGUACAUACGGCUACAUGGCUCCGGAGUAUGCAUACGAGGGCCUCUUCUCUAUCAAAUCUGAUGUAUUCAGCUUUGGUGUUCUACUUCUUGAGAUCCUUAGCGGAAAAAGGAAUUCUGAUAGCCAUGAAUGUGGAGAUUUUAUCAAUCUCCUUGGAUAUGCAUGGCAAUUAUACGAAGACGAAAGAUGGAGUGAAAUCAUUGAUACAUCAUUGGUACCCAUGCAUAACUCGGCUGAAAUAAGGAGGUGCAUGAACAUUGCUCUGCUAUGUGUUCAAGAGAACGCAGCAGAUAGACCAACUAUGUUGAAUGUUGUUGCAAUGCUAAGUAGCAAGACUAAGAUCAUGGCUGAGCCAAAGCACCCAGCAAAUUUCAAUGUACGGGUAGGAAAUGAAGUGAUAUCCACUACCGCUACCCAGCCAUGCAGUAUCAAUGACACGACCAUAUCUAUCACAACUGCUUAAGUGGGUUUCACUGAGAUAAUGUAUCAAAUUAUGGCACUCUGCCAUGUGGGUUUCACUGAGAUAAUGUAUCAAAUUAUGGCACUCUAUACGUUAUUUUAGUUUAAGUGGCGUAAUGUGUAUAUAUGUUUUUUUCUAUUUAUCUUAAAUGAAAUGCACUUUUUGUAGUUUGUUUUGUUGAAAAAACAGUGGGGGAAGCAGCCCUUGCUGCUGAUAUAUUUUUAGAUUUUGAUCUAUAAGUUAUUUACAUUUGAGGGUA